UUACUUGUAAUUUUUAAAUAUACUACAAAAGCAGUUUACGGGCUGUCCUUUUUUACUGGAAUGGUAUAAUCCAGACAUGCCUUCCCUUCAUUCAAUGGGUCGGAGAGUUAUGCUUAAUGUUUAUGUAGUUUUAACUGGCAGCCGUGGGUUGGGUGAACCGUAGGGCCAAAAAAAGUUAAUCGGCGGUGUCGUUAUAUUGCUUUUUAAAUUUUAAGGCCGACGUCAGUCUUCACAUAGUGAUCUCCCUUCGUUUUGCUUUAGGUGAGUAAUGAGGAGAGAAAAAUAUAUUUCCCCGAACAUCUGCGCACAACGAGAAGAAGCCCAUGGAUACAGAAGACGGGAGAAGGAGAAGAACGAGGAGCGUUCGGACGUGCAGGAAAGCCGGAGCAGAAAGCGGUAAAAUGAAGAGGGAAGUGGACAAAGUUCUUAGGUCUUUGUCUGUGGGAAACUCCGAGGACCAUGAAGUGCCCGUGGAGGAGGACUGUCUUUACGGCAACUUGUUCCGAAGCGAGAAUUUAGAACAGAGGACGGUGGCGCCGCGCUAUAGCCUCCUGCGAGAGAUCGGAAGGGGCAGCUAUGGCGUGGUGUACGAAGCCAUAGCGCGGAAGUCGGGCGCGAGGGUGGCCGUGAAGAAGCUUCGCUGUGACGCCCCCGAAAACGUGGAGCUGGCCCUCGCCGAGUUCUGGGCUCUGGCGAGCCUGGAGAAGCGACACGAAAACGUCGUGCAGCUGGAGGAGUGUGUGCUGCAAAGGAAUGGUAUGGCUCAAAAAAUGAGCCAUGGCAACAAGAGGUCCAAGCAGUACCUCCGGCUAGUGGAGACCUCUCUAAAAGGAGAGCGAGUGUUGGGCUACCCAGAGGAGCCAUGCUACUUGUGGUUCGUGAUGGAGUUCUGCGAGGGUGGAGACCUCAAUCAGUUCAUCCUGUCCCGCCGGCCAGACCCUCGGACUAACAAGAGCUUCAUGCUGCAACUCACUAGUGCUGUGGCAUUCUUGCACAAGAAUAACAUCGUCCACCGGGACCUCAAACCUGACAAUAUCCUGAUCUCGGAGAAGUCAGGAGCACCUGUACUAAAGGUGGCGGACUUUGGGCUGAGCAAGGUUUGUGCGGGUCUGGGUGGCGUAGGCAAAGGGGAGGACAAGAAUAAGGACAUCAAUGUGAAUAAGUUCUGGCUGUCUUCAGCUUGUGGAUCUGACUUCUAUAUGGCACCGGAGGUAUGGGAGGGUCACUACACAGCCAAAGCAGACAUCUUUGCCCUGGGCAUCAUUAUCUGGGCCAUGCUGGAGAGGAUCACCUUCAUUGACGCCGAGUCCAAGAGGGAACUGCUCGGAACAUAUAUCCGGCAGGGCACAGAGAUCGUCCCGGUCGGGGAGGCGCUGCUGGAGAACCCAAAGAUGAUCCUCCACAUUCCCCAGAAGCGGAGGAGCUCCAUGUCAGAUGGGAUUAGGCAGCUCCUGCAAGACAUGUUGGCCGUCAAUCCCCAGGAUCGGCCUGACGCCUUCCAGCUGGAGAUCAGAAUGGACCAGGUUACAUGUGCUGCUUGACCAUUAGAAGCCGAACGAUAGCGGACCUUUUAUUUAUCAGAUUUGUUUACUUCGACACCCUUGGACCCCACCUCCAUGGUGAAAAAGGGACUCCGAUCUUUUGGACUGUGAAGCUUCCAGUGUGAUGUGAUGCGAUGAAGCGGAGAUGUACCACACGCCCCCAAACUGGGAUGCAGCCAAUGAGAACGCUAUGCAAUCAAGUUGCACAGAAAGUCAGGUUCUUUUUUAAUUUGCUUUGAUGUUGGACGAAGACGUACGGUAAAAUUGCAGGAUGACUGGCACAUGCAGUGAGGUUUCAUGUGGUUGUGGAAGUUUUGAGAAGCAGGUCGUUAAGACAUUUCACCCCUUUGGCUUGAAUGGUUUAUUUUCUGCAGUGGGCCUGAGAUUUUAUUUGUUGCUCUUUAAUCGACACAAGCUGCCAUUGCGAUUGGGUCAGUUGGCUGUUAGGCGAUAGGGGUCUGAUCCCCUUGCUGGUUUUUCCUCAUAGUCAAAGGCCCAUCACACAUUUGAAUGAAUGAAGCAUCGACAUGGGUCCAGAUCACCAGUAUGUGGCAUCCCCAGUCCAUCAGUGCCCAUGCUAAAGUUAGCUCACAGGUCCAAUCUGCCCUAGCUUCUCAGCGGUGUUUCCAGUUGAGCUGAGGUCCUCAGCCGGUCUCGAGGAGCCCGACUCCUCUCUCUGACCUUGAAGCAGCUUAUGGAUGCCUUUUCUGAGGAAAUAGGAGCCCGAUGACUGUCCUCAGUCUGAAUACUAACCAAAUCAAAAGACACAGCUGCCUGAAAAAAAAUAAUAAGUACGGCAUUUUCUUUUACCUGUGUGCCUUAAUUAUUUAUCCAGUAAUUAACCUGGGUGUCAUUUCCUUACUGUGAUGCUGUUGAAUUUCCCGGUUUGUUCCCCUUAUGGAUAUUUGGUAAUGAAGUAAAAAACAUUUCAGGUCCUACAUUUUGGGCAGUGUUGCCGCAUGGUGGGACUAUAUUUCUCAUAGCACAUUUCUGGCUUAUUCCCAUGGCCCAAGAAAUAUUAAAUGCGCCAUCUAACUUCCGGUUGAUUAUUAAUUAAAAAAAAAAAAAAAGCUGGUCUUAAAUGUACUGCAUAGAACCGUAUCAAGGAGCGUAAUUGGACAGACUUGACGGCCCCUUUAAGAAGGUCUGGAGUGUAGUGAAAGUCUGUAUCCACAGGGAGCUGGACGGCUUGUGACCCGCACCGCUCAUUUCCUGUCUAACCAUGUGCACAGGGGUAAUCGGAAUAGUUUUUGAAACUGAGCACAGAAGCGAAAAUGUCCCCAGGAAGACUUUGUCUGGAAGCUCAGUUUAAUGGAAAUCAUAGGAUUUUUAUAUUCCAGUUGCUUGUGUUGUUGACUUGCGUUGGGUUAAUUGAUGACAACAAAUAACACUAAAUAAUGGGAACAGCAGCUAUUUUUUAGAUACUCCCUCUGUUUACCCCAAACUUCGGUUUAGAUGGUCUACUAUUCCUAUAUUUUGUGUGAGGUACUACCCCCCCCACCCCAUGGAUUUGAUCCCCCUCCCCCAGCACCACCAUUAGUGUCCACUAAUAUUUCCUUGGAUGAAGUGUCAGGCUGUUACCUGUAUUUGGGAAUAUCUGAAUGUUAAGGCUCGAUAGCUGUCUGUUGUGUUUAUGAAUCCCUGCAUCUGUACCACUGCUCACCACUGCAGUGUGAAUCAAUGGCAUGUCAUUGAAACACCUUUGCAGUGACCAAUGUGUCUAUCAUACCUUUUAAAAACUGAUAAUACUAACUAUUGACAACAUUAACAUGCCUAUACCUACUUAAGGUAUUUAAAUGCACCUUGCCACAUAUUACAGAUUCUUAGAAUUGUAAAGAAAAGCAGUAAUUAGGUUAUUUUCAGUGUUGGAUGUAUGUCUGAGACGGAAUGAAAGUUGCUCUGCAUUUUGGGAACCAUCCUCAAGUGGGAAGUCAUUUGAUUAGCAGGUAAUUUAGCAAAAAUUCAGUCAAGCUGUGCUAAGGGCUUGAAAACAAUUGUGCAGAUCCAUGCAUUUGCCAGAAAAACAACAUAAACUCUGUGGUAAAUGACGGUUGAAAGAGUUGUUUUUGAAUAUUAGAAGGUGUGAGCUUUUCUUAGGUUGUUUGGUUUACAGUUAUGCACUUGGUCUGGAGUCUCGUUUUCUGGUUCUACCUCAUAUUUGCCAGGCUCUCCUUGGGAAUCUCCUUUAAGCCAUUGGUUGAUGUCCUGGGUUCUCUUGGCAAGAGUAAUAUUCGGCAUGUAGACUUUUUAAAAUGUGGCUGGUUGAUAGGCUAACUUUACAAAUAAAGGUAUCUUUCCAGUUUGGUCUUACUUGAUAGACUGGUGUUCCCUGUGGGUUUCAGGAUUCUCCAGGCUGCUGAUCUGAAUUGUGCUUUAAUCUCUGGCGUGAAACCAGUUUGUCAUUGUCCAUGUUCUCUCUGACACUAUUAACACUGCUAUUUGUGUGUGUGCGGGUGUGUGUGUGGUGUGUGUUGGGUGGGGGGAUAAAUGGGCUGAAUAUGAUUAUAGUAAAUGGUUCUGAGUCAGAAAUAUUCUACAAUGAGCAAGAUCAAUAGGAUGCGUUUGACAGAUGUAUCUUCUACACCACCCUUCUAUAUGACUUUGAGCAGUUGUGAGCUGUUUACCCUGCCCCCCCACCCCGGAAACUUCAACGAUGCAUUUUAAAGAUCCUGCUUUUGACUAGAGCGCUAUGAAUCAUGGCAGCAACUUAAAAUGGACCAUUUGCUUUUUUGAAAAUCAGGCUUUUCGAACAGCGUAGCUUUAUAUUUUGAAGUUUAACAUUCUUAAGCUGUAGCCUAAACUGAAAAUGCAAAGUUAUAGGCUUCUUGCCACACCCCCACACCCCCCAAAAAAAAAAACAAAUGUCUGCACGUUGUUACCUGCAGUCGCAGUGAUUUAUUGCGCUUGGCUCGGUCUUAUUCCUCGGGUGCUGGUGUUGGAUUGCUCUUGUAGGAAAUGCGUCUGUCUUGGAUUUCUGUCUGUGCUUUAUUACUGGGACCAGUAUUUACAACAGGGAAGGUUGAUACCAUCCCACCUUCCACCUCCCCUGCCCUAAAUUGAAUUAUUGAAUUAGGCGGGUUAGAGUGGUUGUGUCUUGUGGCUUUGACUAGAUUGCUCUGUUGAUGUGACUGGAAGUGUGUGUGUGUGUGUGUUUCAUACUGUCAUUUUCUCUGGUUCCUCACCCAUGACCAAUUUUGUAAGACCCAGAGUGCACUGCUGUCCUUCUGGGUUUGUGGCAUGUACUCCGUUGUAUUGUAUAACUACACGCCUACAUGUACUUGCUGACAUCCCGUGGGUGAUCAGAUGGUUUUCUUUAGUAUUUAUUUUUUUUCCCUGUAUUAUCUCUCUGGUUCAACUUGAUGAUUUGUACAUUGUUCUAUGCAAGCAUCUCACUGAAAACACUGUGCUGAGAACCACGUGAUGAUGUCAUGCCUGCUCCUUUCUCAGAGUGGAUUGGAGGAGCAAAGUGAAUCUUUUUAUUUUAUUUGUUUUCUGUUUGUGUUAAAUCGUUCUUGGCUAUAGUGCUAAUGGGGUGCCAUUAGGAGGUUUAGCGAAUGACCAAUUUACUUGUAAAUAUGUCGGAACAACUUGUUUCUUGAAAUAAAUGAAGAAAAAUAAAAUGGG